GAGUGUGUGCCGGUGCGGGUGUGUUUCCCUGGGCUAGCGGGAGACUGUGGAUGGAAACCCGGCGCCGUGGAGCGGAGAGAGUGACACACUCUUGGCUGAGCCCCAGGAUCCAGCCAGUGCUGCUUCUCCGCCUGGAAAGUUGCACUGAUUGCCCUAAACUUAAAGCCAGUCAGCAGCUGCUUCCUGCCUCUAUCCUCCUUUCAGCCCCCGCUCCAGCGAGCUAAACUCCUUCUCCAGCCUGCUGCAAGUCCGUCUGCGAGCAGAGCCUCGCGCUCCAUCGGACUGAGUCCGGAGCGUAGAUCGCUGACAGGUCCGGGUCUCCCCUGCAGGAUCACAUCUGAGUUCGCUCCUAUGAGUCCACAUGGACUGUCUGAGGCAACCAGGACAGUGGAAGGGAAGUAGGGGCUCUCUGCUCUGAUCCCUUUCUCGGCUCAAACAGCUUUGAGUCUGAGGUCGCCAACCUGGCAAAGAUGGAUGCCAUGCAAUGGGCUUCCCUCAAGCUUCUCUGAUAACUUAGCGCUUGUUGCUAGCUGCACAGCCAUGGAGAGCCAACUUAGCACAUGCACUGGCAAUGCCAGCUAUAGCCACUCAGCGAUCCUGAUGCUGCAGUUUGGGUCUCAAGGUGAGGAGCGAUUCUUGCUUGAGACUUGCAAAAGUUAGGAAGUGCUGCCCUGGAACUCUUGGAAAUGGACAGCUCUGGGCUUUAUGUCCAAAAGCUUAUCCCAAUGGAAGGCAAAUUGAAAGAGGCUGGAUGCAAAGAAGAAAGUAUACUAAAGAUAACAUCUUUCUGGGAUCCAUGGGCCCUUUGAGAGAUGAUCAGAGGGAGGCCAGAUGAUCUACUGAAUGCACACAAGAACCUUUCUCUUCCACAAAGUCAGCAUCAGAGCACUCCCCACGCUCCAGCCCCAUCCAGGUUACCCACUCAUUACCGGGCCUUCCGCAGCUGUGAGUGGGAGGUAGUGGAGCGAUCACUCAGUAGCCUGCAGGCCAGUGGCUUCUACUGGGGUCCCUUAUCUGUGAGUGAAGCACACACCAAACUGCAGCAGGAGCCGGUGGGGACCUAUCUGGUGCGGGACAGCUCUCAAGGGAACUGCCUCUUCAGUGUGAGUGUUCGGAUGCCAGGAGGCCCAGUCAGCUUCCGGAUCUCCUUCCGGGAGGGAUACUUCUGGUUGAAGGACUGGUUCUCGGACUGUGUAGUUAGGCUGCUGGAAAUGGUGGUGGCAGGAACCCAGACCAACCCUCUCCACUGUGAUGAAAUGGGAGGAAUCCCCCUGGUGCUCUCUGUACCCCUCUGCAGGAACCGCAGAGUUGUGCCCAAGUUGCAGGAACUUUGCCAACAAAGCCUGGAAGCUUACAGUGGGACAAGGGAGGAGAGUCAAAGAUUCAGAGACUGGGAGAGGCACAUGGGAAGGGCAGUUACUUUGCAGUUUGGAGAGGAACAAGGCAGAAUAUCACCCAGAAUUCACCAUCUACAUAGAGAGGGAGACAGCUGCGUACAUGUGGCAGGCAAAACUGAGCAAGUGUCUGUGACACGCUAACUGAAUAUGCCACUGCCAUUGGAUUGUACUUUUCCUGGGGGGAGGAGAGGGAUAGCUUGAAUCUGCUGACUACAGAAGCUGCCCUCCUGAGGUAGCAAUGUGUAGCUUUUCCCUGUGGCAGAGUAAAACUGUCCCAAUCCAGCACUUUUUAUUCCAGUUACUGUAAUGCAUAAGCUUCAGAAACAAGGGCAAUGCUUGUCCUCCUAGCACAUCCCUCUUCCCCUGUAUUCCAAAGUGCCUGAGCAAUUUCUUUCUGGAAAAUCUCUCCUUGCAGAAAGGUCCAGCUGAAUUUCAAAGACUUUGAUGAGCACUGAUUUAAUGCCAAUCAGGAACUGUACACUGAUCUCUGAUACCAAAGAAACUUUACUCUGUGUGCGUGCACGUGCGUGUAUGUGUGUGUGUGGAGAGAGAAAGAUUUCACAACAUGCCACUUCAGAAAUACAAGAAAGGACUGUCUAAUAUUUGCACUGGAGGAAACUGUUGCAGAUGUGUAUUGUACACAGUUCCUUCAGCUUCUGCAUCGCUUGUAUUGGAAGCUGGGCUUCAUAGCUUCAUUUUUUAUGGGCACCUUGACUAUACUGUUGUGGGAUAAUAUAUUUCAGCCAACCAAGCGUUGGUUUGGGGAGUCCAUUAUGCAAUUGAUGGUAUCAACAGAUGUGUCUGAUGUGCCAUCAUGUACAGUCAUCUGGCAGUAUGCUACCGCCCCCUGCAGAUCAUCAUUAAAGGAGCACUCUACAAAAGCUAGGUUUUUGUCUAACAGGGAUGGAGACAUGCUUAAUAAAACUUACUAUUAAUAAAAGUGUUUUCAUAAUGUCUGUAAAAGGAGCUUUCAAAAAUGUAAUAAUUCAGCAGUGCUGGAAAACCAAACUAGCAUUGGGCCAGUACAUGAGAAUAAAAGAUUCACUGACCAUGCUGAGUGACGUGAAAAAUGAAAAAAGGAUUCAUUAAAAACAGUCAGUUUAAUUUCUGCAUUUUUUAUGUAUUAAUCUAAAAUACAGGUAUCACAAGGAGGACACUGUUUCAAUAUAUAUGAGUCCUAGAUUUCAAAUAUUAUGUUUGUAUUGCAUUGAAUACUAUGGUAGGUGCCUCAAAGAAAGGCUUGUUUAUACAUGAGCCUGAUGCAACGAAUACACACUAUAGAUGUGUCAUAGCUGGUGAGGGUGAGAUCAGACAUGGGGAUUAGACGGAAUUAUGAAAAUAAGGUCUAUAAAGAUUGGGUUAAUCUGAGUGACAUCAGCAUUUAAACUCUGCCCCUAAAAAUGUACCUAUGAGAACAGAUGCUUCUGGCAGAGAAGAUAUUGUGUGUGUGUUGAUUUCAGCAUGUGGAUUUCUGUGUUACCUCAAAGCAAAUGUUUGAAAAUUUGGUCCAUCAGAACAGUUUCCUCUAAAAAGAGAAAACAGCUUAAAUUGCCUCAUUACCAUAGGUACGAAGUUAAAUAACAAAGUCCGUGCAAAUAAGUAGGCUCUAUUGUACCUUUUAAGUCACACAUCUUUUUAAUGUCUCAGGCAGCAGAGGCAAGGUGUUCCCCUGAUUAACAGCUUGCAAUUUUUUUUCUGGCACUAGUUUCUAAAUGGUCAGAGUCCUGGGCUGCUGCACACUUCAAAGUGAAAAGCGGAAAUAGGUCCUGCCCCAGGCUCUGCCAGGAUUUUUGAAAAGAAACUUAUUCAGUGAAAUUGGCAUGACAAGGUCCUCAACAGCACAAUCAAAAUAUUUUGUCCCUCUUGUGCAGGACUGACUGCAAAGUAGAUGGAGAGGCAGAUGGGCCAACAGGAGGCAGCCAGUGACAGCAAUAUUUUAUGCUGUUUUGAAUUUCAUCAGUGUUCCUAGUUUAUAGGGCCAAGCACUCUUUAUUUCUGUGCAUUGCUGUGGAACCACUGUCCUUGUGCUCCUUCCUCAAGCAUGAAUGCCACCUGUCUGCCCUGUGGAGUGCUCUGCAUUCCCUUACUCUCCCCAUUUCUGGAAGACAGGUGGGACGUAGUCCUCCCUAUGUGGCAUUUCACUCCUUUCCUAUGCUCUGCUACAAAUGCAACACCUGAAAUAUGCCAGCUUCCCUCCUCUAUUUACUCCACAUGCAAGGGAAAGGAACUGACUUAUUUCAUUAAAGUUUUCAGCUAUGCUCAGGAAUGGCUGUUUUACUGUGGAUAUAUAACACUUUUUGGGUAUGUCCACACUUGCAUCCUCCUUUGAGAGAGGGAUGCAAAUGCAGACAUUCAAAAUUGU